AUGUUGUUAAUAAUUAUGUUAGUUUAUUUUAUAGCCGCUGUUAAUAGUCUUGAAAUGAAAACGAUAUAUUGUGCCAUAUCUGAUAGCUGUGCCUGCGAUUUUAAACCGAACAUACAAGGCUUGGAAUGGGAUCUGUAUAAAAAUCUAUAUGGGCAGCAUUUGGCACAGGACAUUGUUUCUGAGUCAGUGGCCAGUUUUCUGAAGAAGGAGAGUCCUGACAGGCCGCUGGUGUUGUCCUUUCAUGGAGCAUCAGGCACCGGGAAGAGCAUGGUGAGCUCAAUGCUGGCUCGUCACCUGUAUGGCACAACCAUGGGCAGCCCCUAUGUCCAUCAGUACAUCCCCACGCUUCACUUUCCUCAUGCUGAACAUGCGGAGCAAUACAGGUCAGAUUUGAAGCGCUGGGUACAGGGGAACCUCACAGUCUGUGCUCGCUCUGUAUUUAUCUUCGAUGAGAUGGAGAAGUUGCCUGCAGGAAUGAUUGAUGUCCUGGAACCAUUUCUUGGUCCUUCACAUGUUGUUUUCCAGACCAACUAUCGCAAGGCCAUCUAUAUUUUUAUAAGUACUGCAGGUCAGGAGGUGAUUAACAGAAUAGCUCUGGAAAAACUACUGGCAGGUCAGGACAGAGAGGAAAUUCUGCUAGAAGAGAUGGAGGAGGCUAUUGCAGAUGCUGUGUACAACAAUAAAAGUAGUGGAUUCUACCAUUCAGAACUAAUCUCUGCAAAGCGAAUAGCUCAUUUUGUGCCUUUUCUGCCCUUGCGCCGACGCCACGUGGAACGGUGUGCCCAGAGAGAGCUGUGCCAACGUAGGGAAUGCCAGCGCAAAGAUGUAGCAGUGGCAGUAGGGGGCGCCGUGUACUACACCCCACAGAAUGGACAAUACUUCUCCAGCACCGGCUGCAAACUAGUACCUGCUAAAGUCAAUCUCUUUCUGUGAGACCUGGGGAGUAAUAUCUGUAGGUCCAUUAAUCCAGAUGCUGUUUAUCAAUUCCAGUU